AUGUCCUGCGUAUCGAGGAGACACUUCUGCACAAUAAACACAGCUGGGCCUUUUUCCACCACCGGUGAUACGAUAGGGACCGAGGGAGAUGAUAGAGGGAUACUCGCGCUUCUAGAAUCUAUGAUAUCACCCACAUGGAUGAAGAGGACUUCGACAUCGAUGAUUUGGACUUCUGUCGUAUCUAUUGCUCGUGAUGAAACCAUGCAUGGCAUGAACAUAAUGCUUAAAGAAAGAAGAAAGCGCUUGCGUGCACACUGUCUAAGGAAUACUAUACUCUAUCGCUGA